CCGCCAUUUUGCCUGGUGUUGCAGCCAGCCGCUGCGCGGGGCCGUUCGUUGCGACAGAGGAGGAGAGAGUCCUGGCUGGGAUGAACACGGAGCCGGCAGGAGUGGGAGAGGCAGCUCCCAGUACUCUGAUCAGCCUGGGCUUCCCAGCCGCCACUCACAUCACACACUUCAAGGAGGAAGAUGAUGACGAUGUGCACAAAUGUGGUCGCUGUCAGGCUGAAUUCACGAGCUUGGAAGAGUUUGUCCACCACAAAAUUCAAAAGAUUUGCCAGAAACCUCAGGGUCCCAGCUUGUCAUCCACCGCAGCUGCAGCUAGCCAGGAGCAGGUGGUCCCAUCCAUAGAAGAUUCUGUGACGGUCUCACAUGUCAUUGUGGAAACUUCGCCGAUACCUGAAGAAAUUAGCAAUGCCCCAGAUUUAGUAUCUGAGAACAUGAAAGACAUUCUCACCAGUGAAGAGUGUGUGCUGGGGAAUGAAAGAAGAGAUGUCGAGGAGCUGGAAGUUGAAUGGCAUGAAAGUCGGGAAGAGCUGGUACAGGAAAGUCCCAGUGAGAUUGCAUUGGUGAAAAUGGUUCUCGAUGAGAGAGGUCGCUACAUCUGUCAGUUGUGUGAGAAGACCUUUAAGACGGCCAACAUUUUGAAAGCUCACAUGGUCACGCACAGCUCAAAGAAAGAAUUUGUGUGCACACUGUGUGGAAAUGCAUUCAGAACAAAAGGGUCCUUGAUCAGACAUAACAGAAGGCACACAGAUGAGCGACCGUACAUUUGCUCGAAGUGUGGAAAGAGUUUCAGAGAGUCGGGUGCCUUGACGCGACAUAUGAAGUCUAUUACACCAUGCACAGAAAAAAUCCGACUCAACAUGGAGAAGGAGCUUUUAAUCACUAGAGAAGACUACUCAUCAGAGGAAGUUGUUACCAGUGAAGAUGCAUAUAACAAGAUGUCUGAUACGUCUUCCCAGCUGGCCAGCGAUGAUAUGGAUGGUUCCCCUGUAAUCCGUUUGGUGACAGACGCCAAGGGUAAUAUUCUACACGAGGUUCAUGUACAAGUGCAAUCACUCGCAAUCCAAACUACGUCCCAGGCUGCCGCUGAUGAGCAAUGUGCAGGAGAGGGGGAGCUGAGUUGUGACCGCUUCCUGCACCAAACCAUGAGCAGCUCUGGCAUUGUGAUUGAGACUGUGGCCAUGCAGGAUGUUGAGAGCGAAGACAGAUGUAUAAUCUUAUCAAAGGAAUUACAGAAUGGGGAAUUGAAGCUACAAGUUGAUGAGCAGGAUACGACAGAUGGUACAGUAGGAAAUGAAGAUGAGAAUUUCAGCUGUCCACAUUGUGGGGAAAACUGCCACAGCAGCAACGGGCUCAAAGUGCACCUAAAGGGGCAUGAAGGAUGCAAGCUGUACCGCUGUGUGGUCUGCAACAGGGAUUUCCUGAAAGCUCACUUGCUUAGGAAACACCAGGAGUCCCACUGCGACGACAGAAAGUACAAGUGCGGAGAGUGUGGGAAGACCUACAAGACCGUUGCCCAUGUGAAGGGUCACAUGCGGGUGCAUUCAGAUGAUAGGCCGUAUCCAUGCUCAAAGUGUGGAAAAAGAUACAAAACAAAGAAUGCACAGCAAGUCCAUUUCCGUACUCACCUUGCAGACAAGCCUUACACCUGCCAUUUUUGCACAAAUAGUUUUCGGGAGAAAGGAUCCUUGGUUCGGCACAUUAGGCAUCACACGGGAGAAAAGCCUUUUAAGUGUCAUAAAUGUGGCCGAGGGUUUGCUGAACAUGGGACCCUAAAUCGUCACUUAAGGACCAAAGGGGGCUGCAUGCUUACAUUGAAUAUGAAUAAGGCGGACGACUCUUCCACUGCAAUAGACAGCACUAAUUCUGACACAAUGGAUGCUCCUGUUUCCUCAGAGGAACCACACACUGUUCUUGUAGAAUUUUCUUCAGUUGUUGCAGACACUCAGGAAUAUAUUAUAGAGGCUACUGAAGAUUUGGAAACAAGUGAAGCGACUGAACUUAUCCAGGGGACAGAGACUCAUGAGGUGGACAGCCAUAUUUUGGAGGUGGUACAGCAAAUUGUUAGUACAGCCAGCCCAGGACAGCAGAUCAUUGUCCGAAAUGUAACUUUAGAUGAGAGCAGCGAUGCUGCCAUGGAGGAAGUUUCCACUGCAGACACAAUAACCAUAGCGACACCAGAAUCCCUUACCGAACAGGUUGCCAUGACCCUGGCCUCUGCCAUUGUAGAACAUCCGGUGCUAGAAAAUGAUCUCCCCAGCGAGGAAAAGGAAGAUGUAGUAGCAGAAGACAUGGAGAUGGUGGAGCAAGUUGCAGAGUUUGUGAUUACAUCACACGAUGGUGAACUAGAGGUCCAAACUGUUAUUGUCUGACCUGAUAAAGAGCAGGAGAUAUGAGAAGCCCAUUGAACCUUACUAAUGAUAUCAUCUGGUGUGAUUCACUGGAAAGCAUGUUACAUUAGAAGCCAAUGGAGAUUACCAGUGAGGAAUCCCUAAGUUGACUUCUGACUUACCAGAAUUGUAUUGUGUAAACACCAGAUGGAGAUGUGACCCGAUUAUCUAUCUGGCGUUACACUAUGAUGGAACAUCUUGCCUCUUUACGGAAAGUGGAAUAAGGUUCCGAUUCCACUGGUGCUGAACUCCAUUUAAAGCCUUAGGGAGAUCCCAGACUGGUUCAGCAAAGGCUCAAUAAAGAGAUUUUUCUAUGACCUUUUAAACUUCUGGUUUAGAAAUAGUAUUGUUUUAUUAACAUGACCACUGAAAGAAGCAUUUGGACAUUGUGACCUCUACGAGUGUUAAUCUUGUACCUGUGCCUUGAAGCCUCGCUUCUGAAGAUCCCUGCCUGUCCUGUAUGGAGGCUUGAUUUCUACAUUGCUGUUUUAGUGUUGACUGUACUGAAGAGUUCCUGCACACAUAUCCUUCUCACAUUGAGAAAACCGGAUCUCUGAAAUCACUAAUGAAAACUAUUAAUGACUA